UGAUGCCCUUAUGCUCUGUAACAAGUUUGAGCUUUUUCCAACAAAUAUUUUUCAAGUUAUGAGCAAAAAUUCUCCAGUUCCUAUUCCUACUUUGUGUGUGGUUAUUUAUUCUUUAUUAACUAUCCUACAGGUGUUAACUUCAAACUCAAUUGAAGGACCUUCAGGAACAGCUUUCAAGCUAAGUACUCUUCACUUGAGAAGACUAAGAGUCAUGUUGCUGGUGAACUUGAGGAUGUGAUGCUUGACCUUGAGAAGGAGAGGAACGCUACUGCUGCCUGGGAGAAGAAGAAGAAAGCCAUUGACCAGCAGAUCAAUGAAUGGAAAGCAAAAUAUGAAGGCUCACAACAAGAACUUGAUGCAAGCAAAUUUGAAUCCUGCAUGUACAGCUUUGAGCUACUGAAACUCAAAUCUGAGAACAGUGAUCUCAAAGAUGAAUGGCAACCAAAGACAACAAACAACUACAAAACGAUCUUGCUGAAAUUGAAAAACAAUUAACUGAGGGAGGGACUAGCGUCCACGACCUUGAGAAAGCUAAAAAGAAACUUGAACAAGAAACCAAUCUCAUGAUGGAGGUGGGUGUGGUUUACCGUUACCAUGGUUACAUUGAUUAUGUUUGCAAGAGAACAAAAGGCCAAUUGGAAGUAGAGCAGAACACUGUCUUUGUCUUCAAUUAGAAAUAUCACAGCUCAAACA